GGCUGCUGCCGUAAAGCGAGGCCGGCGCGAUAGCCGUUACGGCAGCGGGAAGCGGCGGGGCCGGGCCGGGCCGGGCCGGAGCGGGCGGCAGCGGGCGGGGGCGGAUGCCCGGGGGCGGGGGGAGCCCGGCGCCCGGCACGCAGGUGGGAGCGGAGGCGGGGGAGUCGGGCGGCGCGGCAGGCGGCGGGCCGGCGGGCGGCAGGAUGAGCCUGUCGCCGAAGGAGCUGUCGAGCCUGCUGAGCAUCGUGUCGGAGGAGGCGGGCGGCAGCACCUUCGAGGGCCUCUCCAGCGCCUUCCACCACUACUUCGGCAAGGCCGAGCACUUCCGCCUGGGCUCCGUCCUCGUCCUGCUGCUGCAGCAGCCCGACCUGCUGCCCAGCCCGGCCCAGCGCCUCACCGCCCUCUACCUCCUCUGGGAGAUGUACCGCACCGAGCCCCUCGCCGCCAACCCCUUCGCCGCCGUCUUCGCCCACCUCCUCAACCCCGCGCCCGAGCGCGGCGGCGACGAGGCGGAGCGCACCCCGCUCUCAGGCUUCUUACCUCCCAUAACUCCUCCAGAAAAAUUCUUUCUAUCUCAACUCAUGUUGGCCCCCCCUAGAGAGCUGUUCAAGAAAACUCCUCGGCAGAUUGCUUCAAUGGACGUGGGGAACAUGGCCCAGUCAGUGGAUAUAAGUGGACUUCAGCUGGCAUUAGCAGAACGUCAGUCCGAGCUGCCAACGCAGAGCAAGGCCAGCUUCCCCAGCAUUCUCAGCGAUCCUGACCCAGAUUCUUCCAACUCUGGUUUUGACAGCUCCGUUGCCUCCCAGAUCACAGAAGCCUUAGUGAGUGGACCAAAACCUCCUAUAGAAAGUCACUUUCGACCAGAGUUUAUUCGACCACCGCCUCCACUCCAUUUCUGCGAGGAUGAACUGGCAUGGUUAAAUCCAAUAGAGCCAGAUCACACAAUUCAGUGGGAUAAGUCAAUGUGUGUUAAGAACAGCACUGGAGUUGAGAUAAAAAGAAUCAUGGCAAAAGCUUUUAAAAGUCCCUUGACUUCCCCACAGCAAACACAGCUCCUUGGAGAACUGGAAAAGGACCCCAAGCUUGUUUACCAUAUUGGUCUCACUCCUGCCAAAUUGCCAGACCUGGUUGAAAACAAUCCUUUAGUAGCUAUAGAAAUGUUGCUGAAACUGAUGCAGUCUAGUCAGAUAACAGAGUAUUUUUCUGUCUUGGUCAACAUGGACAUGUCCUUACAUUCAAUGGAAGUUGUAAAUCGGCUUACUACUGCAGUUGAUCUCCCACCCGAAUUUAUUCAUCUUUAUAUUUCCAACUGUAUCUCCACUUGUGAACAGAUUAAAGACAAAUAUAUGCAGAACCGCCUGGUACGUCUUGUUUGUGUCUUUCUUCAGUCUUUAAUCAGGAACAAAAUUAUUAAUGUACAGGACUUGUUUAUAGAAGUGCAAGCAUUCUGUAUCGAGUUCAGUCGGAUACGAGAAGCAGCCGGCCUUUUCAGAUUGCUGAAGACACUAGACACUGGGGAAAAUCCAUCAGAGACAAAAACAUCAAAAUAAAACCACUGCAUCACUGGCAAAAAAAAAAAAAACCAAACCACCACCAAAACCUGCCAGUGUUCUAUACCAAUUAAUUGUAUAUUUUAAAAUUAAAUCACUGGAUUAAUGAUGUAAUACACUAUAAAUAGCAUUUUAUGCAUUUAAGCAAUAAAUGUUUUUUUUCUGAUA